AUGGAAUCCUCGUCACUGUGUGGCCCUUCUCUUUGUCUAGGCACAUUUGUUUUCGCUGGUUGGCUGCUCUACCAGACAGGAUUUUUGUCUCUGGGGCAAGAUUUCUUCUAUGCUUGUCUCGUCUUUUGCCCUGACCCCUUUAGUAUCCAGCCUGCCAAAUCCCCGGGCUGUCUGUCUCAGGUGCAUUCUAAUCCUUUCAGAAGCGUCCCAGUCUGUCGACCCGUGUCCGGAGUUGCAGCAAGCUUGGACGAUUCCCCAUUCGCCUUUUAA